AGGCGGCCGCUGCGGUGCCUUUGAGCUCCUGUAGAGCAGUUCAUCUGUGUGACAGGGACCCGGCGUAGGCGGCUGAGAGUGGUCCGGCAGGGGACACGAGGCGGAGGACGAGUGGCUGGGCGCUCGGGGUGCACAGGCCGCUACCAGGAAUGCGCUGCAGUCCCCCGAGCACCUUGAAAGGCGAGCCCCGCAGGAGCUCUUCAUGCCGCCCACCGGCUUAGAGUCCGCCAGGAUGAACAGGAAGAAAGACAAGGGCUUCGAAAGCCCACGGCCGUACAAAUUAACCCAUCAGGUCGUCUGUAUCAACAACAUAAACUUCCAGAGAAAAUCUGUUGUGGGAUUUGUGGAGCUGACUAUAUUUCCUACAGUUGCAAACUUGAAUAGAAUCAAGUUGAACAGUAAACAGUGUAGAAUAUACCGAGUCAGGAUCAAUGACUUGGAGGCUGCUUUUAUUUAUAAUGAUCCAACCUUAGAAGUUUGUCACAGUGAAUCAAAACAGAGAAACCUCAAUUAUUUUUCCAAUGCCUAUGCAGCUGCAGUCAGCGCUGUGGACCCUGAUGCGGGGAAUGGAGAACUGUGCAUUAAGGUUCCCUCAGAGCUCUGGAAGCAUGUGGAUGAGUUAAAGGUCCUGAAGAUACAUAUUAAUUUUUCUUUGGAUCAGCCAAAAGGAGGUCUUCAUUUCGUGGUACCCAGUGUAGAGGGGAGUAUGGCAGAGAGAGGUGCUCAUGUCUUCUCUUGUGGGUAUCAGAAUUCUACAAGAUUUUGGUUCCCGUGUGUUGAUUCCUAUUCUGAGUUGUGUACCUGGAAAUUAGAAUUCACGGUAGAUGCUGCAAUGGUAGCCGUGUCCAAUGGAGACUUGGUGGAGACAGUGUAUACUCAUGACAUGAGGAAGAAGACCUUCCAUUAUAUGCUUACUAUUCCUACAGCAGCAUCCAAUAUCUCCUUGGCCAUUGGGCCAUUCGAAAUACUUGUGGAUCCAUAUAUGCAUGAGGUUACCCAUUUUUGUUUGCCUCAACUUCUUCCGUUACUUAAACAUACUACGUCAUACCUUCACGAAGUUUUUGAAUUUUAUGAAGAAAUUUUGACUUGUCGCUAUCCAUACUCCUGUUUUAAGACAGUCUUCAUUGAUGAGGCUUAUGUUGAAGUAGCUGCUUAUGCUUCUAUGAGCAUUUUCAGCACAAAUCUUCUGCACAGUGCCAUGAUUAUAGAUGAGACACCACUGACCAGACGGUGCUUGGCACAGUCUUUAGCACAGCAGUUCUUCGGAUGUUUCAUAUCCAGAAUGUCUUGGUCUGAUGAAUGGGUGCUGAAGGGAAUUUCAGGCUAUAUUUAUGGACUGUGGAUGAAAAAAACGUUUGGUGUGAAUGAAUACCGCCAUUGGAUUAAAGAGGAGCUAGAUAAAAUAGUGGCAUAUGAACUGAAAACUGGGGGAGUUUUACUGCAUCCCAUAUUUGGUGGUGGAAAAGAAAAGGAUAACCCCGCAUCUCACCUCCACUUUUCAAUCAAGCAUCCACAUACACUGUCCUGGGAAUACUAUACCAUGUUUCAGUGUAAAGCUCACCUCGUGAUGAGACUGAUUGAAAACAGAAUCAGCAUGGAAUUUAUGCUGCAAGUUUUCAAUAAACUACUAAGUCUGGCCAGUACUGCUUCAUCUCAGAAGUUCCAGUCACAUAUGUGGAGCCAGAUGCUGGUUUCCACCUACGGGUUUUUGAAGUCCAUUUCCAAUGUCUCUGGCAAAGACAUCCAGCCCUUAAUAAAGCAGUGGGUAGACCAGAGUGGAGUGGUAAAGUUUUACGGAAGUUUUGCAUUUAAUAGAAAACGGAAUGUUUUAGAACUAGAAAUCAAACAGGAUUACACAUCGCCUGGCACCCAGAAGUACGUGGGACCACUUAAAGUGACAGUGCAAGAGCUAGAUGGAUCCUUCAACCAUACCUUGCAAAUUGAAGAAAACAGCCUUAAACAUGACAUACCCUGCCACUCCAAAAGUAGAAGGAAUAAGAAGAAAAAAAUCCCACUGAUGAAUGGGGAAGAAGUCGAUAUGGAUCUUUCUGCAAUGGAUGCCGACUCUCCUUUGUUGUGGAUAAGGAUAGACCCAGAUAUGUCUGUCCUGAGGAAGGUGGAGUUUGAGCAGGCUGACUUCAUGUGGCAGUAUGAGCUCCGCUAUGAGAGAGAUGUCGUUGCUCAGCAGGAAUCCAUCUUGGCCUUGGAGAAGUUCCCCACGCCGGCAUCGCGCCUUGCACUCACUGAUAUACUAGAGCAGGAGCAGUGUUUCUACAGAGUGAGGAUGUCAGCCUGCUUCUGUCUUGCAAAGAUUGCAAACUCAAUGGUGAGCACAUGGACAGGACCACCAGCCAUGAAGUCCCUCUUUACUAGAAUGUUUUGUUGUAAAACUUGUCCCAACAUCGUGAAAACAAACAACUUCAUGAGCUUUCAGAGUUAUUUUCUACAGAAGACUAUGCCAGUUGCCAUGGCUUUGUUAAGAGAUGUACAUAAUCUUUGUCCCAAAGAAGUUUUAACAUUUAUUUUAGACUUAAUCAAGUACAAUGACAACAGAAAAAACAAGUUUUCAGAUAACUAUUACCGUGCAGAAAUGAUUGAUGCCCUGGCUAACUCUGUUACACCUGCUGUCAGUGUGAAUAAUGAAGUCAGAACUUUGGAUAACUUAAAUCCUGAUGUGCGACUAAUUCUUGAGGAAAUAACCCGAUUUUUGAAUAUGGAAAAACUUCUCCCAAGUUAUAGACAUACUAUCACUGUCAGUUGCUUGAGAGCCAUAAGGGUGCUUCAGAAGAAUGGACAUGUGCCGAGUGACGCAUCUCUUUUCAAAUCCUACGCUGAGUAUGGCCACUUUGUGGACAUCAGGAUAGCAGCUCUGGAAGCCGUUGUUGAUUACACUAAAGUGGACAGGAGUUAUGAAGAACUUCAAUGGCUACUUAAUAUGAUUCAGACUGACCCUGUCCCCUAUGUGAGGCAUAAGAUUCUAAACAUGUUGACUAAAAAUCCACCAUUUACAAAGAACAUGGAGUCUCCUUUGUGCAAUGAAGCCCUGGUAGAUCAGCUCUGGAAGCUGAUGAAUUCUGGUACUGCACAUGACUGGAGGUUACGCUGUGGUGCUGUGGACUUGUACUUCACGCUCUUUGGCCUCAGUAGACCCUCUUGUUUACCCUUGCCAGAGCUUGGGCUUGUUCUUAACCUAAAAGAGAAGAAAGCUGUCUUGAAUCCUACCAUAAUUCCAGAAGCCGGAGUAGGCAACCAGGACUCUGCGAGUAAUCCAGGCUGUCACGCUCAGCUAGCUGGAUUUCAGAACCCUUUUUCAGGUUCUCAGGAUGAGGAGGAGGUUGAUAUGGAUACUGUUCACGAUAGUCAGGCCUUCAUCUCCCAUCAUCUGAACAUGCUUGAGAGGCCGUCCACGCCAGGGCUCUCCAAGUACCGACCCUCCAGCUCCAGGUCUUCCUUAAUGCCCCAGCAUUCACUGGGCUCUGACGUUACACCAGCCCCCAAGCCCCAGUGGAGUAUGGAGCUGACUCGAAAGGGAGCAGGUAAAGAGCAGCCCUUGGAGAUGGGCAUGCAUUCCAUGGUGGCUGCUCCGCUCUCGGUGUUUGCUAAGGAGUCUCUGUCCUCCCGACACAGUGAGCACCAUCACCACCAUCACCAUGAGCACAAGAAGAAGAAGAAGAAGCACAAGCACAAACACAAACACAAGCACAAGCAUGACAGCAAGGACAAGGACAAGGAGCCUUUUGCCUUCUCCAGCCCUGCCAGUGGCAGGUCCGUGCGCUCCCCGUCACUCUCAGACUGAAGUUCUGCAUUUGAUGUCUGUUGUUUGUAUAACUGGGAUUUAAAUAGGAAUGAGUGUUUUGGUUUGGGACGAACUGUUCCGCCCCCCAUUCUGAAAACACAGAAUGACUUUUUAUAAAAGCCUUCAUAUCCACUGCAGGCCCAUUCAGAUGUUAGUCUCCUAUGGACUGCCAAAGUCAGGUAUACUUGAAAGCCUUUCAUGUCAUAGGCAGAAGGACAUUUUCAACAGGAACAACUGCCAGAUCUGUGGUACCCAGCGUUCCCAUGAGUGCUGAAUAAGACAACUUGGAAUUGCUGGAGAGAGAGGCUUUUCUGUAGGACUCGAUGCCUCUCGACUGCUUUUUGUGUUAGCCAUUGAAACUAAGCACCGUCAUUUAUGAGCAAAGAAUCUUAUAUUUCUUUUUACCCUAAAGUACAAAAAGUUUUGAAAGAAAUUAUUUUUUAAAAAAUUUAAAGUAACUAUCUUUUGAUAGUACAUUUGGUGAUUGUGAUGUUGCAAUGUAGCAGAUCCAACAUUAUUCUCAAAUCAAGAUGUCUAAAUUAUGUUUUGUUUUGUCUUCCAUUAAGUGCAAGUGAAUGUGUUCAUAUGUAAAAUAUGUUUUGCUGUAAGUGGACAGUUUACACACGUAACAACUGUUCUUUCUGAAAUUACUCUGUAUAUAAAAGCCAGGCAUGGUUGUGCAUGCCUGUAAUUCCAGCAGUUGGGAGACAGAGCUCGGAGAUCAUUCAAGGCCACCCUGAGAUACAUGAGAAUCUAUAUCAGAAAAGCAAAAUGACAAAAGUUACUCUGUGUUACAAAACAUGAUACUUUGAAAAGGUGUCUUUAUUUGUUGUUUACUAGCUUGGACAUAGAUAAUUUGGCCCACACUGGAGUAUACCAGCAGCAGUUUAAAAUACAUGUGCCCUGCUUUGGUUUCAUAUUUUAACAAUGUGUAUGGUUGUAUGUUUUGGUUUUGAUUUUUGGUUUUUGGUUUUCUGAAUUUUCCAGGUUCUGUGUUAAAAGAUAUUUUCAUAUAUAUUCAGUUUUAUCAUUUCUUUUGUUACUAAGUGUUUGACUCCGUUCUUGAUCUCAGAGUAAAUAUUUCAAAAGGGAUCCAAUAAUGCUGGACUUUUAAAUAUACUUUUAGUUGUAUUUAACUUGUUUAAUAAAUAACUUUUUAAGUUGGACAAUCUGCCUUUGUUUUCCCUUAUCACUUUGUUACCUUGCUGAGCAUGUGUAUAUAUAAUAGGGCAGGUUGCAUUUCAGAGGGCUUUGAAAUGAGUGGGAUUUGAACUGUCUUCGUAACAGGGCACUUCAGUUGAUGGAGAUGAGGGUGAGGUCUCUGGAGAAGAAACAGUCCUUUCAAAGCAAGGAUGUAUGCCAUGAACUUGACCUUUGAGUACAGAGGAAUUGUGGUCAGGUGCUGCUUGUUGGAGUUGAGAUCUCACUUCAGUUUAGGUUCCCUUGGAACUCACCGUGUAGAUCAGGCUAUGCCAGAACUCCAGGAAUCAUCUGGCCUGCCAAGUGCUGGAACUAAAGAUGUAUACCACCACAUUUAGGUCUGUGAUCAGGUGUUGAGAGACCUAAAUGACCCUUACUGAUUCAGAUUAAUUAAAUGGUGGCCAACUUUAAUUACUUUUGAAAAAUGAAAAUUUUUAUAUCUUGGUGUGCAAAAUGGCACCUUUAUAUAGCACCUGAAACUUAGACAUUUCGAAACAAUUAAUUCUGCCAUGGCCUGGAGAGAGUCAUACUAGCCGGAUGCUGUAUAAAGGCCCUCUUAUGUAUCCAUCAGGUACAGGACUAAGACUUGGAUCCAGGUGUGUAAUUUGAUUCUCAUCUGUGUGACUCAUGAGAAUCAGACACUUCUUGAACAGUAUAUUUUUAUGGUGGACUACAAAUUACACGGCUGGUUCAAAGUAGAUAAAAAUCAUUUCUGGAUUUGAAAAUUAAUCACACAUAUUCAAUACAACACGAAGGGUUUCAAACUCAUGAGAGCAGACGAUACACACUUGGAGAAGUUGUUUACUUUUAUACUUAUUCGAUGGCUUCAAAACUUCUGUGUCAUAGUAAGGUUUAUAAUUCUAUGGUUCUAGAAGAAUUCUCUUUCUGUUGUUUUAGAUUAUGUUUUAAAUGUGCCCAUUCUUUAAUUCAGAGAGGAUUCACCUUGAACUUAUUUUGAUGAAAAAUAGAGGUCCAGUUUUUCUUUGCUUCCAGAAUGCUACUCAGCACAGUAUAUUAAGAACUACAUCUUGGGGUUGGAGACAUGGCUCAGCGGUCUGCUUCCAGAACGGUCUGGAAGACUGACUGCUCUUCCAGAGGUCCUGAGUUCAACUCCC